AUGAUAAAACAAGUUUUAAAUAAAAUUAUUUAUAGUAAUCGUGAAAUUCGUCGUUUUCUUGUUGAAUUUUUACAUGCUAUUUAUCAAUUACUUGAAUCAAAUAAUAUUGGACAAAUUCAAGAAUUAAGUCAACAAACAUUAAAUGAUUUUAAUGCUUGUAUGUUUUAUCAAAAUGAUUCUAUACUUUCUGAUGAUCUUAUCUUUAAAUUAUUAUCUAUGUCAAUGAUGAUUGUUGAUCGUAUACAACGUACACGUAGUCGAACAAUAAAACAAACAAUACUUUUUGCUGAUAGUGCAUUUACUGUUUCAUUAUUUUCACAUAUUGUUAAUCAUACAAUAAUACGUUUACAAAAUGCUUUUUAUCAAUUACAUGAUGCACGAAUAAAUACAAAUGAAACUGAUUCAGAAGAAGAAUGA